AUGGCUCUGAUUUUGUUUGCAUUGUUUGUAUCUGUGCCUUUUUUUUGCUGCCUUGCUGCCUUGCUGCCUUGGUUGCUCUGGUUGCCUGGUGCACCAAGACUUCCUCCUUCUUCCACACGCUCGUCCUCACAGCGUUCUCGGUCAAGUAGCCCAUCUCGACUCAGUGAGACACAAUAUCGCAAUGGUCCCCUCAAGCGCGCCAAAAUAUACAUCGACGAGGAAAGCCCCACGGACAUCGUUGAUUAUGCCAUCAAUCGAGCCUUUCAUUCGCUACACGACAACGACGAUUCCCCACUUCCUGCCUCAGAGAAGCUUUGGAGUAAGUCCAAGGAACUUGUCCGGAACUCUUCAGGGGAAGCCGAAUGGACACAAGCCUUAUAUGCGGUGAUUGACGAUAUAAGACCCACAGGGCUCAAGGUUGUAAUCAACCGAGACUGGAAUGAAGAUGUAAAGCCGCCGGUCAACAACCCUCUUCCCAUGAUCCCGCAUAAACGCAACCAGCCUGGUCAGCUUCUGCCGGAAACUCUUCGCGAGGGGACCCCGGAUCCAGCCGUCCCUGCCAUUCCUCUGUUCAAACUGAAGAAUCCUCGCCCGGAUAUCUGUAUUGGCCUAUCCGAUGACAGCCUAGCACGAGCCCUCGAGGAUCUCGGCGUCCCUCAAUUCUUCUUACAGGACCUGCAACUUGCAUCCACUCUGAUCAGUGACCCGCACACCACUCCCUUGGAACUCCGAUUCCCCUUUCUGAUCGUGGAAGCAAAGUCCGGCGCCACCGGCGGGAAUCUUUACCAGGCACAGAAUCAAGCUGCGGUCAGCGGCGCCUCCGCGCUUCAGAUCUUGCAAAGCCUGGCCGAUCUCCAAGCGGCCCAGCGGUUGGAUGAGGGCAGCCGGAACAGCAACCCCAAUCCCACAGAGUCAGCCCCAGGGCUUCCAAGAGCUCCGCCUCCGCCGAAUAUCGUCUUCUCCAUCACCAUGGAGGGCCCCAUCCACGAACUAUGGCUCCACUUCCAGAAACCGCGGGAGAAGACUUUCUCCAUGGUCUGUUUGGGGUCCUGGAGGACCACCCUCAGGGAUAGUUCGAGGGAUCUGGUACGCCAUCUCCGGGCCGUACUGCGAUGGGGCAGUGGUGAGUUUCGGGAGGGUAUUAUCAAUACCCUCCGGGCUUACAAUGAGAUGCUCACCUCAGCUUGA